AACGCUAUUAAUGUGGCAUUUUUUAUGAUUUCUUGGGUGGUUUUGAUUCUUUUUCGUUUACCAUCUUGGUUGCUUUUUCUUGGUACGACUGUUAGAUGCGUUAUCCAUCUACAGUUUAAUCGAUGUUUUGAAGGGUUUUUUGAUCCUCUCAGUUGGGAUGAGUACGGUCGAGGUUAAUUUGUUUUCUUUUCUUGGCUUUUCUUUGGUAUUUUAGAUGUUAUGCUGCGUUCUGGCUCCGAUCAUUAUUGGAAUUGGGGCUGCUUUGCGGUUGUGAAUUUUUUUCUUUUUUUUUCGCCUAACGUUUUGGUUUAGGGGUUCUUCGGAUCAUUUGAUCUGGUGCAUUAUAUCGCUUAUUUAGUUUGAUUGGUUUUGUUCCAUUUAUGCAUUGAGUCGAUGCUUUGACAUAGGUGGUCCCUUUCCUUUUUAUGAAAAAAUCUCUUGAUUAUUGAAGGAAAUUUGUAUAGGAAUCUGGUUAGGUUAUUAUUGGAAACAUGGUACAAGAAUACCUUCAAGUCAUCUAGGGCAAUUUGCUUUUUGAUUCGCAUAUUAUUAUGUCAACCAUUCGUUGGACGGUUUGUUGUCUUGGAAUUUUGGGUUAUAAAAGUUUUACUAAAUUGCCAACAAUUGUUAGCUCAGUCGGUUGGCACCUCUCCUAAGGGCUUCCCCUUGGUGGAAUUCUUGGGUGCAAAUUCCAUGUUCUGCUAAAAAAAAUGUCUUAGCAUUAAGUUCAUGUUUCAGAUGAUAGCCUAUAGUGGUCAUCACCUAUGGUUUCUACCAAGAAUAUAGAUUGCAUUAGUGUUCUUGACAUUGUUGCAGUUAUUACAUUUGUUGGUUGUGAUAUUUAUUCAUUUCUGUCUUGUUAGUUUCUAUCGGUGGAGUGGAUGGUUUUGCAUACUAAUUAGCAAGAGAUGGAAUACUUUCAGGAAAUAAUAGCAGACUCCCUAAUUUCAUAGCAUUGUGAUUCUUCUUUACAGCUGUAACAUUCAUGUGGUUCAGUACCAUUUGUGUCAGUUUUCUUAGUUUCUCUAUAGUGGAAUAUUGACAUAAAUGUCUUGUUUUGUAACAUGCUGUGGAAGAUAUACCUUUUAGCUUGUCCUGUCCUUGUCUAGUUGUUUUCAUCUCUGAUGUGAUAAAUAUGGAAGAAUAUGAUUGGUUGGACCAUGGAGCUAAUGAGUUUGUAAGAAGAUUUAAGCAGAUUAAAGUGAGGUUGUCAAUGGGUAAAAAUUCAGAUAUUCCAAGCAUCACAUAUUUUUGUGUAUUUCUACUCUUAAUAUAGUUAUAUCAUUCCAAUUUACCAUUCACAUAUUGUAGUUCAGUCUAUAUUGUCUCAUGUGCUAGAACAUUUUUCUAACUCACGACAAAUCGUGGACACCUGUUUCUUUCCUUUAUGUUUGCUUGCCUAAAGAUCCUGCUCCACAAAAUGUUCUCCUUUUUUUCCCCUUUUAACGAGUCAUCACCACCAUGUCUUGAACCUUUUUUUAAGAAUUAUCGGUAUUUUCUGUUAUUUUUAUGAGACUAGGAAACAAACAAGGAGAGAAGAAAAAAAAAAUCUAGACAAUGGCUUCUCAUAAAAAUAAAAAAGUAUUUUUUUUUUAAAUUAACAUAUCAUAUCAUAUGGAAGAGAAAUUCAGAGAAAUGGAAUCGAAAAAAUGGCCAUUCAAAUGCUUAAAUGGCAAUGCAGGGACAAGUGGUUUAAGUGGUCAAUUGCUUAGAUUUCUAAGCAUCAGUAUAAAUAUUUUGACAUACUUUUAGUUUUCUUAACUGUGAUUGAUGCUCUAGUAGUUGAUUGCUUGAUUUUAGAACUUGGUUUAUGAAAUACUUGUAAAAUUUUUCUUUUGGCAGGCUUAAAAAGAAUUCCUUUACUAAAUAAUUUAUACAAAGGUCAAAAUUUCCCUUCAUAUGUGCUCAAAUUUAUCCAGUUUAGCAAGCGUAAAGCCUCUUAUCAAGGAAAUCCAUGGAUUGUGGUGAGGCAAAUGCCUAUGGUGAAUGGCAUUCUGUCCUUAUGGGUGCAAUUUUCAUGUGCAACCGCAUGACAAAGAAGGAAUGCCUCGAGCGAAAACUUUUUGGCCUUCCCUCUCACCAAGCAGGUUUUUUGAAGAAAGUUAAAGCUGGCAUGCUGUUAUUUCUCUUUGAGCAUGAAGAAAGAAAACUAUAUGGUGUGUUUGAAGCAACAUCUGAUGGUGCAUUAAAUAUUAUUCCUAAUGCUUUUCUCUCAUCAGGGAAGUCUUAUCCUGCUCAGAUUCUUUUCAAGCGGAUUUGGUUUUGUAAACCACUGUCUGAAGAUGAAUUUGGUGAUGCUAUUAAAGAGAACUACUACCGGCCCUACAAAUUUGAGUUUGGUUUGUCAUAUGACCAGGUUUUAAGGCUUAUUCACUUGUUUUCCUUGAAGAAGAUUAGAGUAUCUCAGUUCCAGGGACGGAUGCCCAAUAAACUCAUAAAACAGUUUGAAAACUCAUAUUCGGGCAAGGAGAGGGCACUUGGAAAACCCAGGUCUAGAUUUGAUUCAUAUGAACAUAAGCCUCUUCUAAUGUCAGAUGAUUCUGUAGCUGUUUCUCAACAUGGACUGGACCCAACAGUACCUUGUGCUACCAGAACACUACCUGAUUUGGCUUGUUCAUCAUCUCAAAAUGAUUAUGCUUUGAGGAGAUCCUUUCCUGUUACUUCUUCCUAUGAUCAUCGUUAUUACCAAACUGUCCCAGGUUGUGGGGCUGAACUUUCCUCUAUCGAUUUAGGCACGAACCGUCCUUCCCUGCCUGAAGAAUUGAAUACUCAUGCCAGAUAUUUCUCAGACACUCAAGUCCCUUAUCUUAAAAGCCAACUGUCAUUACUGUCAAAUCCGAAGACCUUUGAGUUGCCUUCAUCUAAGUACCGGAGCAUGGACAUCUCUGCCAGUGACGAAACCCCUAAAGGGUCAUCCUUCACUAUUUGUGAGCCUUCCAGGGUCAGUUUACCUUUAAUAGGUUCUGUAGGCUGUCCUAAACCUUUCAUAGGUUUUCGAGGCUGUGCCAAUCUCCAAGACUACAAACACUCAUCCAUCCUUGACCCCCAUGACUCAUCCGCCAGUAAGAUUUUAGCAACACCAGGAAUGAAUAUGACAAAAGGCUUAGAUUCUAGACCCUCCUUGCACAGUUUGGGUGAUGGUCAUGAUGAUCCUAAAGCAACUCUACAAGAUGAUCGUCCAAGAGGGCUACACCGCUGGGUCUCAGGGCCUUCUCCUGAAUUUAUUCCUUUGUCAGAAGAUGACUCCUCCCACUUUCAUAGUAGUCUUUCAAAGGAUGCAUCUGUUAUAAGUAAUAGUUCAUUGGAAUCUGAGGAAGGCAGUGGCUAUGAAGAAUUAAGGCCUUAUCAAUUAAUGCACGAUGAUGGUUAUGAUGAUGAGUAUUAUCCAACUUCUGUGAGCUCCAGACUCCAUUCAGAUAAUUAUCGAGAGAGAACUAGUGUAUUUUCUCGCAUGUCAAAGACUCCAGGAACACGUAGGCAAUAUAAGGUGGUAUACGAGCCAUAUAGAAAUCUGUCAUUGGAUCAACUUUUAAGUGUCUUGUGUCAGAGGAGAGAUCUGUUGAGUGAGAUGGACAAAAUGAUGCUGCAAAAAUCAAGCAUUCAGGAUGAUGCCCAACAAUUUGAGAAAAUAGCUGAUACGGAACUAAUGUUAGCUACAUCAGUUGGUGAGUUUGAAUUUGAAACAAACAGUGAGGAAGUUGCUGAAGAAAUCAGUGAAAUUCCUUUCUUGAAUUUUAAACGUAGGAGUGAAGUUCAGAAGAUGGAGGGUGGAAAUGAAGCACGUCCUGAUAUAGAGGGCCGUAGGGGUGAGGGAUCUCUGGGAAAGAGGAGGAGACUGGUGAGGCCAUCCUUCUGUGAAGAUGAAGUCCAAGAUAUGCAAAAAUCCUCUCAAGAAAUUUUUAGGGGCGGUGUGUUGAUUAAAAAUGGUGAGGCUGCAAAUUCAGUAGAUGGUGAUUCAUCGGUCAGAAUCUACGAAGAAAGUGGAAAUAAAAACAGUUCAUCACCAGCUGCAUUUUCUCCUGUUAUUAAUAAAUUGAAAACCGACUCUAAUGGCUCAAAUGCUUGUGUGAAUGACAAAUUGAUUGACGCUGCAGGAAGAUGUUUGCUGAAGUCUGUUGCUGACCACACAGUUGUGUCAACUUGGAAUUCUAAACAUGAAGAAAAAGCAACUACCGCCUUACAAGCAGGUGGCGUUGAUCUUUCUGUAUUGCAAGGUUACAGUGAGUCAUGCGACCAAAAAUUUGGUGAAGCGAAUGCAGCAUCCUUGGUUAAAACUGAUAAUAUUGGGUCCGAAGAUUAUCUUCCACUCCAGGGAGGAGAAGAUUAGAUUUGCCAGGUGACUCUGACAAGCUUGGAGAGUUGGUUUUGAAGUCCUUGAUGCUAAGCCAUCGAUCCAUCUUGGGUUCAUCGUGGUUCAUUGUUUUUUGACAGCCGUCGUUCCAAACAACUGAUACAACUUACUGGUGUGUGUGUGGAACACCAGAACUUUUGGUUACUUUUUUCAUUAUCUUUUGAAACCUCAGUUUCCCUUUGAGGACAUGGUUUUGAUAGGUUUUUUGACCAACUGGACCGGACCACCUGAUAUUGUCAUAACUAGGUCAUGCGUGCGUACCUGUAUAUUUUUGUCGACCGUGAUGCUGUUGGUAACGGAGCGAAGAUGGUAUUUGUUACUCUCUUUCCGCAUCUAAAAAUGCUUGUAUAUUUGUUAUGUGUGAUUGAGAUAUGUAAAAUAUUACCGUGAUGCUGUUAGUAACGGAGUGAAGAUGGUAUUUGUUUCUCUGCUUCUGCACCUAAAAA